AGUUUAGGGUUUGAUUGGGCGAUGGUGCUCGCCGUCACGAAGGAUGGCGCGUAUGCUGCCGUGGUUCUGGGCGGCACGUUUGAUCGGCUCCACGGCGGCCACAAGAUGCUCUUGAAGGCAGCGGCAGAGCUCGCGCGCGAGAGGGUUGUGGUGGGGAUCAGCGAUGGGCCAAUGCUAGAGAACAAAGAGUUCGCGCAUUUGAUCGAGCCUUACGAGAAGAGGAGCAAUGCAGUCAAGGAGUUUAUCAAGUCUGUGAAGCCGGAUCUAGAAGUCCAAACUGAGCCAAUACAUGACCCGUAUGGUCCAUCCAUAGUCGACGAGGCACUCGAGGCCAUUGUUGUAAGUCAAGAGACUCUGGGCGGAGGACUUGCUGUCAAUAAGAAACGAGCUGAACGAGGCCUUUCCCAACUCAAGGUUGAAGUCGUGGAUCUGUUCAUACUAGAUGGAGGCGCGGAGAAACUGAGCUCCACGUUUCUGAGAAAGUUAGAAGCGGAGGCAUAGCAUUUACCAUGAUAUCUGUUUUCUCUCAUCGCUCGAGAGAACAAAAUAAAAAAUAAAAAGGUUUCAGUGACUUGUUUGCUA